AUGUCGACCGUUCAAACCCCACCUAACGAGCAGACAGGGUCAAUAGCAAUAAAUAAUGACGGUGAGGUUUUAGAGGAGGCCGCAGGUGUUGGGCCAGUCAGCAACGAUAAUAAUGAUCAAGCUGAUGCCACCCAAGUUCAGACUUCUUCUCAGGGUAACAAUAACGCGUCAAGAGGAUCACGCCCACAUAAACCCAAGUCCAAACGGGGCAAGUACAUCUCCAAGGCUUGCAUUGGUCAUCUCCGACUAACCUUUGAUCAAGCAAUGAGUGUAAGAGACGUAAAAGCAAAUGCAACGGGCAGCAUCCGUGCGCGCGAUCAUGAAUACUUCAUAAUCUCUGACGUAACUACAGGCAUUUAUGCACCCUCAACUUCGACAAGCCAGUCAGCUUCCUCGGCCAAGGUUAUUAGGUCGCUAAGUCAACAGGUUGCCCAGCUCCAAGACAACCUUCAGGAGCUACGAAAGGACCGUCGAAGCAGCGUUGUAACAGCUGUAAGCCCUGGAGAAGGGCCAGAGUCUGCAUCACUGACACCCUUGAGGCAACCACUUUCUCGUCAUGCACUGUCGACAACAGCCCAGGAGGAUCCAGCUGAUCUGGCGAUACAUGCACACGCAACACCUCCAACUAUCACGCCGUCGUCGACCGGACAGCCACGUCAGCCCGCUGUCAACUAUACCUUCAAUCUGGAGCUUGCCCGUCAGCAUCUUCGAGCCCAAGGCUCCAGAGCUGGGGGCUCUGAGUCUUCUGACCCUGCCAACCCAUCUGAACCCGUUCAAAAUGGAGCCUUCAUAGCACCAGACUCUUGGAACUUCACCAAGUCAACAAUUGAUCCCCUGUGGCUCAUCGACAAACAGGAAUCGUUGCGACUAUGUCAUGUUUAUGAAGAGGAAAUCGGAAACUCUUAUCCUUUCUUGACGCUGUCAGGUCUGGUCGAAAACGUACAUAAGCUUUAUGACGCCAUGGAGGCUGGUUCACGAUCUGGUUUUGCGUUUGUUUCACUUCCUGGACCACCACUUAUUACUGCUGACGAAAUUGACAUCCUGCGACUGGCUCUGUCAUCAGCAAUGACCAUUGAAACAAGUGGCUCAAGCGGACUUGGCAAAGCUUUAUUUGCCAUUCAUUCAUUUCUCUCCGGUGACGAUCUGCAAGCAUGGAGACUUAUCGGGAUUCCUGGGCGUUCAUGUCUGGAACUUGGGCUACAUCAAGCAACCACGUACACUACCAUGUUCAAGGAGCCAUUGGAAAGAAAAAUGGCCAUCAGACUCUUCUGGAGUGUGCAUACACUAGACAGGAGAUGGAGUUUUGGUGCUGGACUUCCGUUUAUAAUCCAAAGCAAUGACAUUGAUUCAAACAUCCCGUGGCCAGAUGACGAGGUUCCUUAUCUUCACGCCAUGGUAGCGUACAAUCGAAUCGGUGCUAAAGUUUGGGCGACACUCUAUAACGCUGGUAGCACAACUUCCAAUGUCCCCAGAGAUGAGAUUGAGUUCCUUCACUACAGUGUGGAGCGCUGGUACAAAGAAAUACCCCUAAUAUUGAAACUACCCGAAGAUGGAGCGCCUGCUCUGGGUCGAGGUCAUCAUCGUCUGCAGAUUCUUCUGUAUUUGAGAGCCUGCCAGAUGAAGAUCCUUCUGCAUCAGUCCGCAUUGCAUGCUAUCCCUCGACCUGCAAGAGAUACGUCUCAAGUCCAGAUGUUGGUUAGCAUUGCCAAGGACAUGAUUCAGAAGCUUCAUCAUCUCAAUCAAACAACAGAUAUCUACCAAACACAGCAAGUGUGUUUUAACCAUUUCCUGAUAUCUGCUCUUGGUGUUAUCUUCCUGGCUGUUGCUCUCGAACCUGCUGUAUAUCGAGAUACCGUACGACAAGAGUUCAACACAGCUCUCGAUCUCGUUCGGGGUUUCAGCAAGAGAUCAUAUGUCUCAAGGCGUCUGUGGAAGAUGAUACGCGGGUUACAGCAAGCAGGCGUUCGACUGGGUAUCUCCGCACCGCAUCAAGAUGGACAUACGGCUCAGGCUACGCCCCAGGCCACUCCAGGUCAGAUAGGCCGUGUGCCCAGUCCUCUUAUACUUGCCACUCCGAAUCCAUCAAGGGAGUCACCCCAAGCAAGUGAGGCUUGGCUUAAUAACGGCAUCAUGGCUGAUAGGGCAGGUGGUUUUGGCAUUCUCGAUGGGAUGGAGAUGACUGUGAGCCUUGAUGAUUUCCUUACUGCUGCUGAGAAUGAUAAUGGACUAUGGGGGACUUCUCUAAGUCCUGGGGCAAGCGAUCCAAUAGUGCAAGGUACAUUGAACCCAAGUAUAGACCUUGCGAAAUUGGAUUUUAGCCAGAUGUUAGAUAGCUUCUUGUGA